AUGGACUCAUUUGAGUUGCAGAUGCAACUUACGGGGCUUUUGAUGGGGCUAAACUCGUCCAAACAGGCGUCUUUCGAAAUAUGCAAUUUUUUGAUACGAAACUAUGUUACACAAGAAGACCUAUACCCGGCACUACUAGACGUGCUUCCGAAACUAGACAUCAAUAAAAGACUCAACUUUUUUCAGUUCAUUGACGACUUCCUUACCCUGGUUACUACAGAGCCAAAAUACAAGGACAAUGACAUAAUUUUCAACUACGCAUUUCUCAUAAUAUCGGACUUGCACAAGAUCUUGCAGUAUGUGCUACCGGAAACGCCAUCGAAUGUGACAGACUCGAGUAUUGCUGGUGCUGAAGCUGGUGUGCCAAAAAGGUCGGACAUCAGGACUUUGGCGAACUUGCCUUUUUGCUACAGCAUGUUGGUGCACAUUUCCAAACUCUUCAAUCUUCAAGUUCUUGCACAAUUCCAAAAAAAAUACAACAGCAACUUACUCACUGAAACAGAUAUUGACAAUGUUAAAAGGGGUCUUUACUUUGACGAGAAGAGCAUGUACAUGGAGAAUGUGGAACCAACAAAAUCAAGUCAUGUGGAUGACUAUGUUAACUCUAGCCCAAAAGCAACUGAUGAUUCUCAUCAACAACAGUUAGAAGACAAUUACAUACCUGAGAAAAUCAACCAGGGACUCAUAGCAGCAUGGGACUUUAUAAUAAAAAAAAGAAAGCAAAGUGAAUACGAGUUCUUGUUGAUAGACUACUUGGAUGAUCCCUUUCAUAUCAAGCCAAUGGAAUCAACUAGUAAAAUUCCUAACUCCGGGGCAAACAUCAACAACACUUCUAGCCCUACGAUUUUCAACACGAGCGUAAAGAAUACGGAAGAUGGAGCCACUGCCAAGACUCCUGCUAAAACUCCAGGUAAGACCCCCGCCAAGACCCCGGGAAACGUGUCUUCUCAAACACCAUCGAACUCCAAUAUAUUAUCACUCACCCAAAGCCUAAUUUUGCAAAGAAUAGAAGCCGACAGGGAAAGGCAGAAGAGAGGUAAAGAAACUCUUUGGGAAGUGGAACGUCCAUCUGGGACUAUAAAAUUGGCGGAGUUCGAAUACAUAUACGACACACUACAGCCAUACGAUGAAGUUGGAGAUAAACCAAUCAUUGAUGAAAUGGAAAAUUUGUACGAAUUAUGCACUUUUAGGGAAGCAGGUAUCACAAAAGCUGCCAACAAGAGUCAUCCACCUCCUACCAAACAAAAACCCUCAAACAGAUCGUCUUCGACCAAAGCUAAAAGUCGUGGAAAAACUGCUUAUGAUUCUCAAGAUCUCUUUUACUCAAACCACAAAACAAAAAGACCACGUACACAUCCUAAUAUGAGCUCGAAGAAUACAUAUAUUCCAAACUCAAAUUCAAACGAAUAUAUGGAUAGCAGACUGUACGAUGGUUACUAUGAUUACGAUUCCGAGUGGUACUACAAAAAUGGAAGACAGAGUAAUUCCAAGAGAGGAGGUUAUGGGUACGAAAGGAAAAGAUAG